GAGAGAAGAGAGAAGAGAAAAGAACAUCCCAGCCGCCAAACAUAUCGAACUCCAUAUGCAUUCUCCGUUGCUCCUUCAGCAGUUGAAAAUAUCUUCCUCUUUUUGCCUGAGCAUUGUAGCUGAGGUGAGAAGCCUCUGUCCCUUGAGCGGUUGAAUUCAUUCAGAGGAUUGAAAGGAAAGCAGAGUGAAAGGGAAAAUCUCAAAGAUUGCAAAAUAGGAUGAGCUGCAUGCAUGUUUUUCCCAACAGUUCAGUUUCUCAAGCAAACACUGUUCGUCGGGUGUUCAAGCUAGAGGGAGGACGAACAUUAGUUCAGGUCAAUGGUCAGAGAGUCAUCUCUGCAUGCCUUAAUGUGGAGGUUAAAGCGCCAGAGUUUGCAAAUUUAGGGAAAUUAGGGUUUGGGGAGAGCAAGGAUGUCAUGGAGACGGAAGGGAGAGUUAUUGUGGGAACAUAUGCAAGAACUCCAAUUGUACUUGUGAGUGGCAAAGGAUGCAAAUUGUAUGAUGCUGAAGGACGAGAGUAUUUGGAUAUGAGUUCAGGGAUUGCAGUGAAUUCACUUGGACAUGGUGACCCAACUUGGUUGAAAGCCGUCAUUGAACAGGCAAACACGCUGACCCACGUCAGCAAUAUCUACUACUCAAUCCCUCAGGUGGAGCUUGCCAAGCGUCUAGUGGCUUGUUCUUUUUCUGAUCGUGUGUUUUUCUCAAAUUCUGGAACAGAAGCAAAUGAAGCUGCCAUAAAAUUUGCAAGGAAGUUUCAGCGGCACUCACAUCCGGAUGCAGAGGAGCCUCCCACGGAUUUCAUAGCUUUUACAAAUAGCUUCCAUGGGAGGACCAUGGGUGCUCUUGCUCUGACCAGCAAGGAGCAUUAUCGAUCACCUUUUGAACCUGUUAUGCCUGGAGUCACUUUUGUAGAGUAUGGAAAUAUAGAAGCUACAAAAGAGCUGAUUCAGAAAGGCAAAACCGCAGCAGUGUUUGUGGAACCCAUCCAGGGAGAAGGGGGUAUAUACAGUGCAACAAAGGAAUUUUUACAAUUUCUGCGAAGUGCUUGUGAUGAUGCUGGGGUUCUCCUUGUUUUCGAUGAGGUUCAAUGUGGUCUAGGCCGAACUGGGCACCUCUGGGCUCAUGAGUCCUAUGGUGUAUUCCCUGACAUAAUGACACUUGCCAAGCCUCUUGCUGGAGGCCUACCUAUCGGUGCUGUACUGGUCACCGAACGAGUUGCUUCUGCCAUAAACUUUGGUGACCAUGGAAGCACUUUUGCUGGCAGCCCCCUUGUCUGCAACGCUGCUCUUGCUGUCCUUGAAAAAAUCUCAGAACCCAGCUUCUUGGCCAGCGUCGCCAAGAAGGGCCAAUACCUGAAGCAAAUUUUAACCCAGAAGUUGGGACAUAACCCACAUGUGAAAGAAGUACGUGGGCUUGGGCUCAUUGUUGGGAUUGAGCUUGAUGUCCAGGCCUCACCGCUGGUGGUUGCCUGUCAAGAAGCUGGCCUCCUGGUGCUCACCUCUGGAAAGGGGAAUGUUGUGAGGCUGGUGCCUCCAUUGAUCAUAACAGAAGAGGAGUUGGAGUUGGCAGCUGAGGUUCUUUCCGGGUCUCUCCCAGCACUUGAUGGGAGCAAUUCAAAGUAAAUGGGAGCAAUUCAAAGUAGAAGAAAGAGCAUUGCCGCCUUCAGUCCAAGGUUAGGCUUAGUUUUUCUUAGUUUUGGGACAGGCACUGGGUCUUGUAGUUCCAAUACUGAUUGACCUUUUUGUUUUUUUUUUUUUGGGAAUUUUAUGUUGAAUUUACUUCUGGACAAUUUUAGUGGCAUGCUCGUAAUAUUAUGAAAAAUGAAGGAUGUUUAUUAGAAAUUUCCA